AUGAUGGCUGAAGUACCGAAAAGCCCUGAAGUUGAGCAGAAGGGAGUUACCGACAGUGUCGACAUGGAACAAUCCGAGAGAUACAUUGAUCCAGUGAUCCAACGACGGACAAUCCUGAAACUGGAUACAGUCGUCCUCGGCUGUUUUGGUAUUAUGUAUUUACUAGCCAAUCUGGACAGAAACAAUUUGGGCUCUACGAACAUUAUGGGGCUUCCCCAGGAUUUGAAUCUUAAAGGCAACGAGUUCGGCAAUGCGGUCACAGUCUUCUACGCAACAUACGUGUUCUUCGAAACGCCUUUGUCCAUUUUGAUGAAAAUUGUUGGUGCCAAAAACUUGCUAUCGACAUGUAUGCUUGGCUGGGGUAUUGUGUGCCUCGGCAUGGGCUUUAUCAAGAACGUGGGUCAGUUGUACGCCUGCCGUCUCCUGCUGGGCCUUUUCGAGGCAGGUUUAAUUCCAUGCAUUAAUGCCUACAUCGGAAUGGUAUAUCUCAAAUCUGAGAUGUCUAUGCGAUCAGCAGUUUACUACUGCUUCAGUGCGAUUGCGGGUGCCUUCGGUGGUUUGUUGGCAUCUGCAGUCAACAAUCUCAACACUGCUGGUUUGGCUUCCUGGUCUUGGCUAUUCAUCAUCGAGGGCAUCAUUACAAUAGUUCUCGUGCCUUUGAUUUUCUUCGCCUUCCCAAAGGACCCGCGAACGGCCUGGUUCUUGAACGAAGAAGAGCGGAACGUCAUGCGACUUCGCCACGAGCUCAACCCACAACUAAACAUCGAGGAUGAGUUCAGCUGGCCAAAGAUCAUUAGUGCCAUGAAAGAUCCUAAGACUUAUAUGCAUGCCGUUAUCGAGUUCUGUGUCGACAUCUCCCUGUUCAGCCUCACGACAUUUAUGCCUGCAAUCAUCAAGGGAAUGGGAUACACGACAGUACAUUCGCAAUUACUAACCGUCCCCGUUUACGUCUGGGCCACCAUCUCUUACUUUGUCAUCGCAUAUCUAUCAGACCGGGUUGGAAUGAGAAGCCCGUUCAUCAUCGCUGCAUGUCUUGCACUCAUGGUUGGCUACAUCAUCAUGAUCGCUACAGACAAUCUGGCCGCCCGGUACACCGCCGUCUUCAUUCUCGCAAUUGGGCUUUACACCACGACGGGUCUCACCAUCGUAUGGCUCAAUGGCAACUUCGCCGGCCAUUUCAAGCGGUCCACCGCUGUCGGUUUCGUUUUCAGUAUCGGCAACACAUCUGGCGUGGUUGUGGGUCAGAUUUUCAAGGCUCAGAACGCCCCUAGAUACCUCCCUGGCAUGCGCGUAACGCUAGGCUUGACGGCGGUGGCUUUGGUCCUCACCGUGGCGCAGACCUUUGGUCUACAUUGGGUAAACAAGAAGCGAGAGCAAAGGCUAGCGACGCGAGAGCCGACAGCGACAGGAAGUGAAUCAGAGUCAAAGCGAGAGAUCAGCGACUACGAUGAUACUUUCAAGUACACAUUGUGA